AUGGCCCCCGCUAUCGUCUCAGACAUCGAGCUCCCGGCCAACGUGCCCGAAACCCAAGAGACACCCGCCUCAAGAGCAUCAACCUACAAGCUCUUCUCACUGGAGAACAAGACCGUCGCCAUCACAGGCGGAGCACGUGGUCUAGGUAUUACUCUUGCCAUCGCCGUCGUUGAAGCCGGCGGUAGCGUAGCUUGUCUCGACAUUCUCGAGGAGCCAUCGCAAGCAGAAUGGGCACAGCUCAACAAGAUCGCCACAGCCAACAAAGCUUCAGUAUCGUACCGAAAAUGCGAUGUCACAGAUGAGCAAUCUGUUGAGACAGCGAUGAAGGAGAUCUCAGCUGAGGCUGACAAGUUCCGUGCUCCUUUCUGGGGAACCAUUGCUUGUGCUGGUAUCCAGCAGCAGAUCGCUGCUCUUGACUAUCCCGCUGCCGACUUUGACCGCAUCCUGCGAGUCAAUGUUACAGGCGUCUUCAAUACUUGCAAGUAUGCUGCGAAAAUACUGCGAGAGAAGGACAGACCCGGUAGCAUUGUGAUGAUUGGAAGCAUGUCCGGCAACAUUGCCAACCGAGGUCUCUCUUGCACCGCAUACAACUCCAGCAAAGCCGCAGUUCAACAAAUGUGUCGAUCGGUUGCUCAGGAAUGGGGUCAAUACGGCAUCCGAGUCAACACUCUGUCUCCCGGCUACAUCCGAACCGCCAUGACCGACCAACUGCUCCAAGAGAACCCCGAGGUCGAGAAGACGUGGAUGGCUGGUGCCCUUCUGGGACGUCUGGGUGCGCCCGAGGACUUCAAGGCGCCCGCUGUGUUUUUGUUGUCCGAGGGUGCUUCUUUUGUUCACGGUACGGACUUGAGGGUUGACGGAGGACAUUGCGCGUCUGCAUAG